AUGGCUGCUGCGGUGUACAUACAGCUGAACUCGCCCACGCAGCAGCAGCAGCAGCAGCAGCAGCAGCAGCAGGCUUUGUCUUGUCUGUCUCGCUGCUGCAGCAGCGCAGCCAUCGACGGAGCAGCAGCAGCAGCAGCGAAGCAGCAGCCUCGGCUGCAGCAAGAGCGCGCGUCCACCCAUCAUCAGUUGCUGCUGCAGCAGCAGCAGGCUUUGUCUUCGGCUGCCCUAGCAGCAGCAGCAGCAGCAGCAGCAACAGCAGCAAGAACAGCAGCAGCAGCAGCAGCAAGGACUGCAGCAGCAGCAACAACAGCAGCAGCGCAAAACCCGCUACGCCGGGGCUACCGCGCUGCGGCAAAGCAGCAGCAAGUGCAGCAGCAGCAGCAAGUGCAGCAGCAGCAGCAACUGCAGCAGCUGCAGCAGCUGCAGCAAGUAUUGCGGCAGUAA